AUGUCAGAGCCCACCACCCUCCGUCGACAGCCCCCCAGCCCUCUCGUAUUUUCCCCGGAGACAGUGCUUCCCCCAAUCCAGUCCCAGUCCAGCACCGCCGGUACCAGCAAUGUCUCCAGUCUCGGCUCCGGAUCCAACACCGUCUCCAUGCCCUUUGUUAGGCGCCAUGUAACACGUCGUCUCAAAACUGCGAAGCAGGAGUGCGAUAAGGAGCUUCAGCGCGUUACCCAGUCCAUCACCACCUUCUUCGAGGAGCGCCUCAGGGUAGGCGAGCACGAACAAGAGUCCGAGCGGGAGCAACGCGAGUUUGACCGUGAGCGAGAUCGUGAACCACAGUUCGGUGACCACGAGCCUCUCCGCGAGGCCUUUGUACUGCAGCCCGCUGAGCUUAGAUCUGCCUUGCAGUUCGACGAGGUCAGUUCUGACGGUGGCUACGAAGCAGAGCCAGAGGGUAACCAUAGUCGACAACCAUCUGUAUCUUCCACUAGCCCUAAUUCUUUACGUCGGCACCCUACGUUACCUCGGGAUAAAUCACUUAAUACAACUUCCAGCACCGGAACCUCCAGCCCAGCAAGUGCAGUUACCACUCCACCUCCAGAGCACGUCAGUCCGCGCAAGCAGGGCCCCGUCUCCUCACAGUCAACUCAAUGGGGCGGACAAAGUCUUGCCAAUCGUCGUCUAUCUCGCACCAUUCACUUGCCGUCCCGCCCCGUCCACUCUGGCCAAAGUUCACGUUCUACAUCUCGCUCGCGUUCCCCACUCCCACGAUCCAGUUAUGCUGAUUCUUCUAUUUCCAACCGUCGCUCUUCUCGCAUACUCGUUGAUGACCCCGUCGAUCCCAUUAUGACAACGCUCUACGACAUCAUCGCCGUUGCAACGGACGUAACGGAUAUGUCUCUGAACCAACUCACGGCGCAGCCCAAGAUUUGUGAACAGCUCGUGCAGCGUGUGCAGAACAUUGGCAAAGCUUGGGACGAGCAUCCGGACUGGCACGGCCGGAACUGGUACGUGCAAGUGCUGCUCGCCAUAGCAAGCCUCAGUCGCGUCGUCGAGUGGUGGGAAGCGGAGAAACAGUUCUGGAACUUCGACGAUAACGAUGACGAGCAAGAGGAACCUCUCACGUUCGUCUUGAAGCCCGCGGAUGAGGAAGAUGUCGUCGCUCCCACUCCAUCUUUGCGUCCUGAACAAGAGAGCAUCCCCUACCGACUUCUCUCGGAGGAUGAUGCCAAGUUGCGCAUGUCGAAGACGUCGAGCCAGGGCCGGCGGUCCCGAGACGAGGUUCCCAAGGACUUAUCCACGGCGGCUACACACGGUCAACCAGAGCAUCCGAAGCUGCCCUCGAAGUUUUCGGACAACACGGAGUCUGCGCGUGUGCUUGCAACUGAGAGGUUACGUCUACAAGCCGAGACGGCUCAGAACCAAAACAUUGUUAUGGAGCUGAGUAUGGACGGCGACCAUUUAAUUUGGGUCAAUUAUGCGUGGCGCAAUGUUGUUGGGACGGACCCAGAUGAGCUCAUAGCAAGGCGCAUUUCCAGGGUGCUUGCUCCAUCUGACUGGCAUGUCUUCCGUGACGCUUCUCGGCGACUGCAGGACGACGACUCGCAGACCGUGGAAGUGAAGUUCAAGCUGGCCAUUCCCGAGGCCGAAGGGGACAUCACGACCCCAACGAAUCUGUACCAGCCGAUGGAAGGCAAGGGUAUGUUGAUGGUUGAUCGGGAAGAUGGGCACCCUACACACUCGAUGUGGGUCGUCAAGCCGGCCGGACCUCCGGAAUACUUGCAAGCUGCGCCAUCCAUCUUGCUCGAGACGGGCGAAGUUGGGGAGGAGCCGGCUUCUGCAGAAGCUGCCCAGGUAGGUUUCGGGCACCGGACGACUUUGGAGCCUGUCACACCCUUCCCUGUUGCCCGACCAAUCAACACAGCCCUCAUCCUGUGCCGCAUAUGUGAGUGUAGCGUCCCGCAGUGGUACUUCGAGAAGCACAACGAGACGUGCAGCGAGGUUCACCGGCUCGAGGCGGAGAUUGGAGAGUGCAACGAUUCGAUUUCCGAGCUGCGCAAUACCAUCCGUGAGCUGCAAAUCGCGAUGGACCGUUCGUCACCCAUGACAGUUCCGGAGUAUCGUGGCAUGCCGAUCUUCACCCCCCCGACAUCACCAAGCCCAUCACCGCUCCAGCUACUCCGUGCGCCGCUCAAGAUGAAGCGCGUGAGUGUCAAGAAGAUGCAGCGGCAGGUGUUGGAGCAGCUGGAGGACAUCCUGCAAGUUGCUAGCGAGGUGUCCAUGCCAUCGCUCAAAGAGGAUCAGUCAGCGGAACCGAUUGAGCGCCAGCGUCUACUGUCUCCAGCAUCGGAGCAUAAGAUGUCCCACGUCCGGCGGUGGUCGAAGCUUGUCAUCGAGGACGGGGCGCUCACCCAGCUCGUAGAGGACGCAGACCGGGUCAUGCGGCAGAAGAUCGAGAACGUGGUACGCCUGCAGAACACGAUCAAGUAUUCCGAGAAGAUUCGGCGCGAGUGGGAGGCGAAGGUUGAACAGACGUUAUCCCUGGAGGACACGGAGGAAGACGAAGAAGAGGAGGGAGGAGAGGAACAUCAAGACGGACAGGAAGAGGAGCAGGCGGAGGAUGAUCGCUCGAGCAACACCUCUGAGUAUGCUCAUGGCAGCCACAUGCCGUCCUCAGACCCUACCCCAAUAGCGUCCGCUUCGCCGAUCUCCUUCGCUGCGGAGCGUGUCGCUGGUAAUGGAUGCAUCUCGUUCAGUCUGAACCCUCCAUUGAUCCCGGCGGCACCUGUUCCAGCCUAUCCAUCUACUUUCCAGACACGCUCUUCCACCCCGUCCUCCAUUUCCUCUCCUCUGGCGACAGCAGCUCCUAUUGUUGCUACGGACAUGCCCCCUCCCAUGGAUCUGGGCGAGGGACACGGUCAUAUGACUAUCCGGUCGCGUCCUUCUCCUCAUGGGUUGGAACCCAGGCUACUGAUCACGCCCCCGCUCUCUCCUAUGGUUUCUCCUCAGGAUGUGCCUAUGCGCAGGCCUCAUCGUCGACACUCUACCGCGCAGCCCAUCCUCAGUCCAACGACUUCUAUAUCCGGUAUACCACUAUCUCCUCGAUUACCGUCAGUCGCGCCGUCGUCUAGGACGACACCAACGUCGAUCAAGGACUUUGAAAUCAUUAAGCCGAUCAGCAAGGGCGCCUUUGGUUCUGUGUUCCUUGCAAAGAAAAAAGUCACCGGCGACUACUUUGCAAUCAAGGUUCUGAAGAAAGCUGACAUGAUUGCGAAGAAUCAGAUCACGAACGUUAAAGCAGAGCGAAUGAUCCUCAUGAAACAGGCCGACUCGCCGUUCACCGCGAAAUUGUACUUCACGUUCCAAAGCAAGGAAAAUUUAUAUCUAGUCAUGGAGUACCUCAACGGUGGCGACUGUGCUGCCCUGAUCAAAUCACUUGGAAGCUUGCCGGAAGAGUGGUCGCGCAACUAUAUUGCGGAAGUCACUCUUGGAUUGGACUAUCUUCAUCAGCGUGGAAUUGUUCAUCGAGACCUGAAGCCAGAUAACCUACUCAUUGACCAGCACGGUCACCUUAAGCUCACUGAUUUUGGUCUUAGUAGGAUCGGUCUACUUGGUCGUCAGACACGAGAGUCACAAAUUCUGGCGACGGACCGCGGGCUGCGCGUGCGUUCAAGAUAUAGCCCUGGCUCGCGUCCACCAUCUAUGGAUUCAGUGUACGUCUCGUCGUCUCCGAUGUUCGUGACAGACAUGCACCCGGGAGAUGAUCCCGGCGAAUCGAGCGGCUCGGAGUCCUUGUCUGGUCUGUAUCCUCUCCGGAGGACCAACAGCAAGCAACUCGCCGAUAGCCCUCUGCAAUCAUUCGCUACGGAACUGACCAAUGAUCUUCGUUCGCAUCCUACGACUGGUAGUGGAACUCCCCCGAGCGAAGGCAAGGUGGUGGGCACGCCGGAUUAUCUCGCUCCUGAGACAAUCCUUGGUCUCCGCGGCGACGACGCCGCAGUUGAUUGGUGGGCCUUGGGUGUCAUCACGUACGAGUUCCUCUACGGAAUUCCUCCGUUCCACGAUGAAACACCAGAGAAGGUGUUCGAGAAUAUUCUCUCUGGGCACGUCGAGUGGCACGACGAUUACGUGGAAGUCUCUGACGAAGCCAAGGAUUUCAUGCAGCGGCUGAUGACCACAGAUGCAACACAACGCUUGGGUGUUAACGGGGCUGACGAGGUGAAGGCUCAUCUAUUCUUCGCCGGUAUCGACUGGGAUAAGGUCCAGACGAUCGAGGCCGCGUUCAUACCGCAAGUGACCGAUCCGGAGUCGACAGAUUAUUUUGAUCCUCGCGGCGCUGUCCUGCAACUUUUCCACGACGACAGUGCUCCCCCCACUGGAUUCAUCUCAGACAGCCCUCCUGCCAGUCUGGAGCGCGCAGCACUACCGGCGUCGGCUCCUACAGCUCAUGUCAUCGGUCGCGAGACAACAUCGUCCCCCUCUGACGAUGACUUUGGCUCCUUCAGCUUUAAGAAUUUACCUGUUCUGAAGCAAGCCAACGAUGACAUGAUUCGGAAGUUGAGGACCGACCAAUUGGCACCAUUAGCUCAAACACUCUCUGAGCCUUCGGACGCACACCUAAGGCGAAAGAGUAUCUCAGGCCGCAUCAAGAAGCCGUCCAGCGUCAUUACAACGAUUGAAGGCGUCAGCAAGCCAUCUGCUACCAAUCCGCCCUCGCCGGCAACAUCUACGUCGUCGAUAGCGUCCUCCGCAUCUCGUGGACCACCAACUCCCGGCAGCAGUGUAGGGAGCCAUAUGCGGAAGCCUUCCGACUAUGGUGCUGUCGAACGGUUCAAGCUCAAUCACCUGGAUGGUGAUGGUGGCCGCCGGAACUCCAUGCCGAGUCGACUACGGACGGCUUCUGUGUCGACGAACGGGGAGGGUUAUACCUCGGACUCAUGGGGCCUUGGUGGACAACCACCUGGCCAUUACUUCGAGGUCAGCACGCCUCCGUCGUCGGUCGCUUCGAUAGACCUGAAGAGGGCACCGGAUCCGAAUGAUCGUGGUGUCACGUGUCUCCUGGCUGAGGACAAUCCCAUCACUGCGAAAAUCAUCGAGACGUUGUUGAUUCGGCUUGGAUGUCGAUGUGUUGUGGUUGCGGAUGGUUCGGAGGCGAUCAGCGUCGCGAUGGGCGACAUUAAAUUUGAUUGCAUCCUCAUGGACAUCCACAUGCCUAUACUUGACGGCGAAGGUGCUGCUCGGUAUAUCAAAUGUAUAGCCAACAAGAACACCAACACCCCGAUUAUUGCCGUCAGUGCCUACAGUGGCUCUGACGUGAUAGAGACCAACGGCCUGUUUGCGGCUUACAUUGCGAAACCAGUUCAGAAAGCCGACUUGCUUGCAGCCAUGCGACACCUCGGAUUCAAAACGUCCACCGUACAGGGGCGUGGGUUGGGCUCAAAAGUGACCACUACGCGGUAG